AACCUAAUUGCCAAACACGCAGUUUUGUACCGCCAUUGCAGAUCUGGAGCCUGAACACCAAAUGUCCGUGUUGCCCAAACACCGAUAAAGAGCCUUUUGUUAUGGAGCCUAUUUCUGUAUUUAUGAAACAAUGUGACCUUUCAACACUGUUAUCGUGGAUCCUAAUUUCUAGAAUGAAGUUACUCAUUAUUAUAAAGCCUAACUUCAAGAAUGAGGUUCUGGACCCUACUCCCUAG